CAAAUUGAAAAAAAAAAAAAGACAAGUAACAGAACUUUUGCAUUUGCCAUUGCGCCUUGUACGCUGCCAAAGCGAAAUAAAAGGACUUGCUAUCUUUCUUUGUGCUUGCUUGGAUCGUUCCCCUUCUAGCUAACUUUUCUCCUUCAUAAUCUGUAUUUUGUAUAUUUUCUUUUCUGGAGCCUAUCGUCUUACUACUGUACAUUUUUGUCUGUUUCCGGGAACUCGAUCAGAAUCCGGUGAAAUCUACUCAAUAUUCUACUACCCAUUUCAGAAUUUGGGGAAGACCCACAUUGAAUUUGGUCCCAAUUUGGAACGGUCAUCAGUUUGUAAGGGGGCUUUGACAAUUUGUAGAAGUGGGUUAUUCGUAUUCAGGAAUGGCAAUUGCUGGUGUUGUUCUGUUUUGGCAAUGAUUAUGAGGUUUAAAACUGUGGCCGGUUUCAGGUUGAGUUCCCAUGGGUAUUUGUUUGAGCGGUGAGGCAAAGGGUGACCGAUUGAGGGGUUCGUCUAGAAGGAAUUCAGUUCCAAGUAACAUCAAGACUAGUUUAGGAUUUGUUCUACCAAAUGGAAAUGCAGUGAAUACAAGGACAGUCAAAUACCCCAUGCCUUUGUGACAAAGUCACGCCAUUGAAGUUAAAGAGGAAUUUCUCUGAAUGUACUCAUUGGUAAUUGGUAGUCAAGCUUCCCAGGGACUUCCAACCAAGUGAAGACUUGGAAAAAUUCAAAACAUGAUUCUCAAAAAAUUGUAUGCACUAAUGUUGUUAAUACAGCCAAGGGAGUCACAUGGCAUGAUGGAAUCGGACCUCCCUCACUCAAAAAGGGAGCUAGGGGUAGAUUCUCUCAAGCAAAGGAACAGAGACCUCAUUUUAAAAUGGCUAUGGAUUUACCCAAGAGGAAAAAUGCUCUGGAGGAUUGUGGUCGCAACUAUUUAUGGGGUUGAGCUCUGUGGAUGACCUAACAAACUGGGUGGAUGUAGACCUGAGUUGACAUAGAAAAAAAAACAGGAAUGGUUUUAUUCAUUUUAAAAUUUAAAAUUUAAUUUUAUCUUCGGUUUUUGAAGUUAAAAUUAGUAAAUGGCCAGUGUGUUUGUUUUUGCUUUUUGAGAGGAUACCUGGGUAAGGUGGUCCCUUUCUCUAUGCAAUUACUGAAUUUAUGGACAUUGUUUAAAAAGGUGGCUUUUAGAGCAGAAUGUGUCGUGGGUGAGCGUCGUCUUUGAAUUUAGAGGUUAAGAGAUGAUUGUUUGACAGAGAGGUGGCUAAAUGUGCCAUCUAUGCUGAAAAACUAGAUGUGGUUCGGAUUGGAACUAGCCAAGACAAAACCUCUUGGAAUUUAGAACCAAAUUGCUUGUUAGCGGUCAUCCAUCUUACUAAUCCAAAAGCCAAGCUGAGAAGUCUCUCGUGAGUUGCAUCUGGACAUUCAAGAUUCGUUAGAAAGUUGAGUUCUUUAUUUGCCUUAUUCCUUAUAGGAGUCUGAAUACUGUUGAUAAUUGGAGGGAAGUUUUCUCACUGGACUUUAUCACCCUCAGUCUGCUGUUUCUGUAUUGAUCUUGACCACUUCUUCCUGACUUCCUCCAUUAUUCUUUUGCUUAGUGGGCUUAGUAAGUUACUUUGUCUGGAUUUCAUUAUCCCUCAUUUUACGAGUGAAUCUUUGGCUUUUUGGUUCUUGGUGGCAUGAUGUUUUUUUUGUUUUUGAAACAGAGACAAACUUCUUUAUGAAUAAUAAAAACUCAAUGUACAAGAGAAUUAUACAAAAAGCUAAAUAAAGAAGUCUAAACAAGAGAAAGAAGAAAAUGGAUCAAAAGGUGCACCCGGACAUCUCAACUAGGUUGACACCCCCUAAGCAUUGGUGGCAUGAUGUUAAAAAGCAAAAGCUUAGAUCUUGUAGAAUUAUGAUUUAGGGUGGGAGUUGAUGGUGUGGUUUUGGAGUGUUGAUGCUCGGAUGUGUUUAAUUUUAAGUAAUUGCCUUUCUCAUGAUUAAAUUGGCAAAGGGUGAAGGAUAUUUGAACCAUUUGCCAACUGCAUUUGAGAUUUAUCUAUUCCAUACCUCAUGUUUUCCUAAUCAUGUACUAGUUGAAAUUGCAUUGUGGAUAAACAUCAACGUAUUGUAGAUAUAUAUCAAUGCAUAUUCUCGACAUGAUACACCAGCAUUGAAACCUUGGAGUUGGAGAAGUAUCGUGAUAGAAUUCAAAUAUAGGGAAACAAUGGAGGUUACUUAUUUUCUUUCUUUGCUUGAGGGAUGCAGUUUUAGGGUGAGGAGAAGGGAUGUUUGUGCUUGGAGUCCUAACCUGAGUCAAGGUUUUAUGUGUAAAUCCUUAUUCAAUUUACUGUUGAAUCCCUCCCCCUCUAGGGAAUCUGUUUUCAAUGUGGUUUGGAGGAUUAAGGUUUCUAAGAAAGUCAGGUUUUUUAUUUGGCAAGUCUUACUUGGUCAGGAUAACACUAUGGAUAGGCUUGUUAAGAUGAGGGAAUAUGCUUUGUUGGGCCUUUUUGUUGCUUGCUUUGUCGAAAGGCAGAGAAAAACCUUGACCAUCUCUUUUGGGACUGCUAGGUGCGUGCUGUGUGGAGUUUUUUUCUGCAGGAGUUUGGCCAAAAGCAUUCAUUCAACGAUUGAGGAGUUCCUCCUCCAUCCACCCUUUAGAGAGAAAGGGUUUCUUUUGAGAGGAAUGAUCGGAUGUUUCGUGGUAGGGAGAGGGACCAUUGCAAGAGAUGGCUCGUGAAUCUUCUUCUGGACCAGAGAGAACCACAAGUGGGUGUUCCAUGGUUAAUAAGCAUAUUGAUGUUCUCCGCGAAACCCCUGCUUAUAGUGAUGUUGAAAUUUUUGCAUAUGAGGAGAUGAAGUUGGCCACAAAGAAUUUUCGGCCAGAUCUAAUUCUAGGAGAGGGUGGUUUUGGAGUUGUAUACAAAGGAUUUAUUGAUGAAAACAUAAGACCAGGUUUUAAGACGAUGCAGGUUGCCAUUAAGGAGCUAAAUCGUGAAGGUUUCCAAGGUGACAGGGAAUGGCUGGCAGAAGUUAACUCUCUGGGGCAACUUAGUCACCCUAAUCUUGUGAAGCUAAUUGGUUAUUGCUGUGAGGAUGAAUACAGGAUAUUAGUGUAUGAGUAUAUGGCUAGUGGGAGCUUGGAGAAACACCUUUUCCGCAGAGUGGGUAGUUCACUGAGUUGGGCGAGAAGAAUAAAAAUUGCAUUAGAUGCUGCAAGGGGACUUGCGUUUCUUCAUGGUGCAGAAACACCUAUCAUCUAUCGUGAUUUCAAGACAUCAAAUAUCUUGCUUGAUGCAGACUUCAACGCGAAGCUUUCAGAUUUUGGCCUUGCCAAAGAAGGACCUAUGGGAGAUCAAACUCACGUGUCAACAAGAGUGAUGGGUACAUAUGGAUAUGCUGCUCCUGAAUAUGUAAUGACGGGACAUUUAACUGCCCGAAGUGAUGUCUAUGGAUUUGGGGUGGUUCUACUUGAGAUGCUUAUUGGGAGGAGAGUAAUGGACAAGACCAGACCGAGUCGGGAGUACAACCUGGUUGAGUGGGCUCGUCCACUCUUGAAUCACAACAAGAAACUUUUGAAGAUAUUGGAUCCUAGACUAGAAGGACAAUAUUCAAAUAAAGCUGCAAUGAAGGUUGCUAAUUUGACUUAUCAAUGUUUGAGCCAAAAUCCAAAAGGCAGACCCCUAAUGAGCCAGGUGGUAGAAAUGCUGGAGGGCUUUCAAAGUAAGGAAGAUACGCUUCCCAGUGAAGUCCGUGGCGGUCAAAUUCUCUAUCAGCACACAUCUGACAGUACACAAUAGAGCUUCUGGAUGACAAAAAACCAAUGAAAGAAAAACCGAAGGGCAGCAUGGAAACACAACAAGCAAAGUGGACAUCAGAAAGACCUUGAUCUCUGUCGCCGUCCCCAAAUUUGAUUUCCCGUGAAAAAUCAGCAUCUUUUGAAGUUGAACUGGUUUUAUGUGUUGAUUGAAUAGAUGCUGAAAAUGUGCAAAUUCUUGCUAGAUAUUCAUUCUAUUGCCUGGUGAGUAUUCAUCAUAUAUACAUAUUAUACCAUAUGUACACAGUAUAUAUCUAUAUAUAUGGGUGUAACAUGUUCACUUUCUGUACUGUUUUUAUUCUUUCUCUUUGAUUUAUUAUUCAUUAGCAAACACUGCUUGUAUAUCUCGUGGAGUUAGUUGAUUUGUACACAUGACAUUUCCAGUUUUAGUAAUGAGAUAAUCUUUUGUGGUA